AUGUAUAUGGUCCCAUCAGAAACGAGGGAUCCAUUUGGGCACAACGCCUUGCUGAAACUUCGAGACGAACAAGGAUCAGUAAACUUCACGUCUUUCAAGCCGACGUCUCAGUACCCGGUAGGGCUCAGUAUCAAGUGUAAAGAGCUGCACGGAGAGGAUCCCGUUAGUGCUGAAGUUCACCUGGCAGCCUGGCAGGCUGCACAGUGGCAGUCUUUCUAUCAAAUGGCUGGUGAUGACGUGAAACGACUCGAAUUUCUGCCGGGCAUCAUCAUUGAAGGACACGACUGGAAAUUUGUUGCGACGACAUGGGAAAACGGUAAAACGACACUUUUGUCUAGUCUACAUCUGGGUUCAACUGCUACGGGGGUUGGUGUUUACCGUAUCAUGGCCACGAUCAAGGUGCUCAGCAAGUGGGUCAUGUAUUACUUCUGGCCAUGGUAUAGAGAAUUCUGUCUCGGCCUACAGCCUCUGGAGAAGUCUUCUCAAAUUGCACCACAGCAAGACGAUGAAGGAUCUAGUAGUCCAUAA